ACUCAUAUUGGCCAAGUAAGAGGUUAGGCAAAGGAAGAAGAUCGAUCACGCAACUUUGAGAUACGCAACCGACAAAACGUUGUUAUGCGCGAGGAUGAAAGUAAUUUACGUAAAACGGGAAAAAAGAACAGAAUCUAUACAUAACCUAACUGCGCUGUUCAUUGGGCUGGCUCAAUUAAUCGGAUAGAUAGAAAUCCUGGAAAAUUUGGGCGACGUUCUAGUUCUAGAGUAAAUUCGAACAAUAGGCGAUGAAUCGGCACUGGUCGGUAGCGAUCGGUAUUAACCGGUGAGAGACGAAACUCUCGUUGACACAGUCCAUCACGACGGUGUCAAGGUAACGGUCGUAGGAAGCACGUAGCGAGAGACUGUGCCGUCGUCGCGUCGCUUCCUCGUUGUUCACCUCGUCGUUGCUGUCGUCUUUCCGUCGUCUUCGUGUUCACUAUCGUCAAACGUUCCAUAUUGUCUCGACUGACCAGGGUUCGCUUGAAUUUUCAUCGUGAUACGACGCAAAAAUUGCGCCGGGUAAUCAAGGUUCGUAUGUUGGAACAGUUGAUCCAUUUGGAUAACGAGUAAACGAGUCUUUAUUUGUUUAAAUGGCUAGGUUCGGUAAAUGUUCGAAUUACGAUCUGUGAUCGGCCCUAUCAUUGUAUUCUUCUUUCGAGUUUCUUUCGAGUUUGAUCGAUUAUAACGAUUUUAAUUAUUACAUGGACUUACAUUCCGCUCAUCUCGUGACCGUGUAAAAUUAGUAGAAUUGCGUUGAGGUUACGCGAAGGACAGGAGGUGAAACUCAAAGGAAGCAAAUAUCUAUCGAGGUUGAAGCAAAAUGUCAAAUGGAGGAAGGACGAGAAAGAAUUUGGAACGCGAUAGGGGGUGAAUGGAUGGAUGGCGGCAAAUUUGAUCGAGGGCGUCCCGAUCGGAAAUUCGACGGUAUCAGCAGGUAUAGUUUCAGUGUCGGGUGGAUUAAGUUUAGGGUAUCGUCCGGCGAUCGAAUGCAUUGUUUUCGUCAGGGUAAUCGACGAGGCAUGAGUCACGUAGGUACACGCGACAUGUCGCGCGUUGGCGAAAACAAUUUUUUGCAGACAUUCGUUGGCACAGGUGUGUUGGAGCGAGAAGAGAACACCGACGAGAGAAAGGUAGAUGACAGAGGUAGUCUCGCGAACCGCGUCGGCGGAGGGGGGAGAGGGAUAAGAAAAACCACGCGUCGAGUGAAUCGUCAGCCGGGCAAUUACCGGUUCCGAUUGGUUGGUUUGUCGAGCCUCUUCCACGAAAUUCAGCUCGAAUUCCAAGAAAUCGGCCGGUGGCGCUACGCUCACCGGAAUCCCUUAAGCUAUUUACGCGAACGGUGUGGGCAACAAGCGUCCUAUAGUCGUUGGUCCUGGACGGUGGCGGUAGCGUACAACCCACGCAUACGGAACGAAAUACGGAACACGGAAGAAAGAAAAGGAAGACGACGCGCCGAUUCGAACGGGGUUAGAGAUAUAGAAACAAACGAUCAAGGAGAAAGUGAAAUGGCGGGAAAAUAUAGAAAGAGAAAAUAAGGGGACUGGCAUGGCGUAUAGCGCGGUCGAGAUCAUUGCGCUCCUCAAUUUCGUGCGCGUCAUUGACGCGACACGCUCGUCGAAUUCACGAUCGAUAUCAUCGCGUUUCCUCGGCGAAAUGGGCCGACACCGCAUCGCCAUUAUUCUCAGAUUUCCCGAAAUUUCGCGUUUUCGCUGCCCUCGUUUCGGAUGCCUUUAUCCUUGACUCGUGCGUUGUGCCGUCCGCAGUCGAGUGAAUAUGUAAAUCGUUCCGUUUUGUAUUUGUUUCUACAGGAAGGAUUGAUCGAGUUGGAACGGUGAAGAGUGGUUAUCGAAGAAUCUGGACAAGAUGAGACCCGACGAGGUGAUACAAAACGAGAGAAAAGCGACGGAGACGAUGUCCGAGACGUCGGAGGGCACAAUGACGACCAGCGUCUCUGGUAAAUCGGGCUUCGAGAGUCGCCAAGAGUUGUUCGACAUUGCGGCUGUACUUGGCAUUGGCAAUCCAGACGACCUGCUGCAAGAAAGAUUUCGCGUUGAUCGCCGAAAGUUGGAACAGAUGCUUCUAGGUGAUAAUGACGCACCCAAGCUAGCGGACACGUUUUUUCAUAACAUUAUGGAGGAAACAAACACCUUCGUUACGUGGCCGUCUCGUCUAAAGAUCGGAGCAAAGUCGAAGAAAGAUCCGCAUAUAAAGGUCGCGGGUCGACCCGAUGACGUACGAGCCGCAAAGGAAAAAAUAAUGGAAAUUCUAGACACGAGGCAAAGCAACAGAGUAACUAUGAAGUUGGACGUUAGUUACACGGACCAUUCGCACAUCAUUGGAAAGGGUGGACUAACGAUUAAACGGGUGAUGGAGGAAACUGGAUGCCACAUCCAUUUUCCAGACAGUAAUCGAAGUAAUCAUCAGGAGAAGAGCAACCAGGUGUCGAUUGCGGGAGAAAUGGAGGGAGUCGAACGUGCCCGUGCUCGUGUCAGGAAUCUUACGCCUCUGAUCUUCUCGUUCGAGUUACCAAUCAUGAGUGCGUCGCAAACAGUGCCCGAUUCCACUUCGCCGUACGUAGUUAAAAUUCAAGAAAAAUACAACGUUCAAGUGAUGUUUCGUACCAGACCAAAAUUGCAUGCUACGUUGGUAGUUGUCAAAGGUUGCGAAUGGGAGGUAUCUCAAGUGAAAGAAGCGACCGUGCUUCUAAUUCACUAUAUGUGCCAAAACUUAGCUAGUCAAAUACAAGUACAAAUGUCGAUGGAGAUUUCGCCGCAACAUCACAGCAUCGUAUUGGGAAAGCAGAGCAGUAACUUGAAGAUGAUCAUGCAACGCACAGGCACUCAAAUAAUGUUCCCAGAUGCCGGAGAUCCGAACAUUCCUAGCUUAAAGAAGAGCAACGUUACGAUCACAGGUGGCAUCCACAACGUUUACUUGGCUCGACAACAGCUAGUGGGUUCCCUGCCUUUGGUCCUAAUGUUCGACUUACCUGAAGACUCGAUGUCUUCGGUAGAUAGCGAGAACGUUUCCCAACUAAUGCAGUCGUUGGACGUGUUCAUAAACGUGAGGCACAAGCCGAAGCAGAGUACGCUUUCCGUGAUCAUCAAAGGAAUCGAACGAAACGCCAGCAAUAUUUACGAAGCGAGGAAACAGCUUUUAGGCCUGGACGAACCCAGAGUGCACGCCGAGAUACCGGCUACCUAUCACAUUCCAAACGCUGGUAAUAUUUUCCAAGGAAACUCUACUGGCAAUGGCUCCAGUCCCAGUAGUUUAGUCAGCAGUCUAUCGGACAAUUUGUCGAGCAUAUUAACGGUGAACACACAGAAUUCUCCAUACUGCGUAUCGCCUGUUCCUCAUUCGCCAAAUCCGAUGGCCUUGUCACCUCAUUGGGGUCAUUUACCACCAUUACCGUCCAUCUUUUCGCCACUGCCGCUUCAUCACUCUUAUCCAUAUCCACACCUUAAUCACCUGUUGACGACGCAGCACGUAAUGCAUAACAACGCGAUGCCUCCUCAUUCACAUGGACUGCAAAAUCACGGCUUUGCCGGUAUCGGACAACUUCAUUCGAACGGGCCUGUAGGCUUCCACAGUACUCACGGAUUGAACGGUAACUCGUUAGUGGAAAGCAAGGAAGGUAGCGCUUAUUCGUCGUUGAGCAGCGUUUCCAGUUCUCUAUCUAGUCCAGCUAUCAGUCCGCGUAACAUAUCUCCGGUCAAUCCUAUCGAGAGUAGUCAUAAUAUAGAUUUAUCCAGCAUGUUGUCCGAUCUUACGGUACCCGAUCGUCGUGCGCCAGGCUGUGAGAAGAAAUCGCUGGAAAUGGCUGUGCAACAGAAUCUCGUUCCCUUCGAUUACGAACAGAAAAAGAUACUAGCGGCGAAAGUGAUUCAAGGGAAACCAAGUAACAGCGAUUAUCGUGUUCCUACUUCCGCUUGGUCCGGCUACGGACUCAGUCAAUCCAUUCCUCCCAUAAAUACGGGCGACAUAAAGAAGGAAUCUACCACCUCCCAUCCAUCUGAUUUAUGGAAGGAACCAACGACGCCGGUAUUCAGCAGAGAGAUUGACUUUGGAAUCGGAUCCGGUAAAGACCGUGUUGGACAGAUCGGCUUAAGUUCCAACUACAUGGAGCAUACGCCUACUUCGCAUUUGAACAAAAUCACAUCCCACCGGUACGACGACUUAACCAGCAUGUUGGUUAGCGUUGGAUUGGAAAAGUAUAUUCGCCUGUUCACAUCUCACGAAGUGGACAUGGCUACAUUUCCAUCUCUGACGGAAAAAGAUCUAUGCGAAAUCGGGAUAACCGCUUGGGGUGCAAGGCGUAAAAUAAUGUUAUUAAUCGCUGAAAUGAACAAACGUACUAGUCCAUUCUGUGGUAGCGCUGCUCCUGGUGCGGAACGUAAAACGACCACGUCGUCGACCUCGUCGUCGAUGGAGAAAUGCAAUCUGGAUACCAAAUGGUAGUAGGGACGAAACAUGUCACGAGUCUCGCAAAAUUCGUGAGAACGAAUACAAAGAAUUUAGACAGGACCGCGUCGUACUUAAAAUUAGCCUCGCGUUCGCACGCAGACUCGAUUACGUUUCAAGAUGCUCGAACGAGAAUUGAAAUCGAGAUCGAAAUCAAAUCACGCGAGCCCUUUCGCCGACUCGACAGUAGGAUCAAGUUAUAAUUAGUAUGUUAAUUUGCGAUUCUAGGCACCGAAAGAAUAGGCGGAUGAUUCUUUUUGUGGUCAAGGACCGUUUGCUUUUUUUUUUUAUUUUUUUCCCUGCAGUCCUCGAUUCACGCGGUCGAAAGGUGCCUUAGGUUAAGAAACUCGUUACUACUUUCGUUUCGUUAGCUUUUUUUUUAUGUUGCUAAUGGUCUUUCUAUCGUGGUCGCGCGAUAUUCGACGAAUCGAUAUGGUUUUCAUAUUAUUUUGUACGGAGCGCGAAGCACGAUGCUCCGGGAGUCGUAGUGUCGUUCGACACGUUGUAUCAUAUAUGUUUUUGUGUAACGGUGAAGAGUUCGUAAUAGGACUGAACGAUAGGCGUAUACAGUAUCUAUAAAUUAACGAUAACGGUUCAAUUAGUAUAGCAAAGUGCGGAAAAACGAGGCUUAGAAGCUCGAUAUGCGCGAUGGGCGUAGGAUAUCCCGUACGUUCGGCGACCUGUCGCUUUAGGGAAGUUAAAAUAUUUAAUCUCGACUAAGCUCGAAACUCGGCAGAAACGUAGAACCUAAGCUGGCAACCGAGACGAAAAUGCGAACUCACGUAAAGAUAAAGCGAAAAGAAAGGCACACGGUCAUGUUUCUCUCGGUUUUCGCGAGUUUCGGAUUUUCUCGCAGCAGCCGCGUUUUCGGGUUUUACAAUGUAAUAAAGUAUUUAUUAUUCACUCGCGAAAGACGUCGAACGUACAAAUGCGAAUGAUUUUUCCACGAAGCGAAUCGAAGGGGGUGAUUGAACGUUCAAGGGUAUUUCGAGUUAUGUCUCUUUCACCGUAUUACGAUCGAUCGUUUUACAGGAGAAACGACUUUCUCCAACUACCCUUGAAGCUAUAAUUUGAGUCUAUACUCAGCUAACGUGCAAUACCUGCCGAACGAUUCUGCAGCUAAAUUAUUUCCAAUAAUCGGUCGUCGUACGAGUGCAUCGUGAUUCCUCUUCUUUUCUUCAUUUUCUUUUCUGUCUCAACAUCCGUGUACGUGAUAAACAUACGGGGAACGAGAAUAUUUUUGUUAAAACAAGCUGCACGUUGUGGUCCGUUUACACAGUAGUCGUUUUACGAAAGUAAGAUACUCGUGUUCUACGUAAAUUAUUAAUAUUUUAAAUCUUUUUUUUUUCUUUUUUUCUGAGUAUACUCGUAUAUGGAUGAAAUGAAAGCGUUCGGCAACGAGCUCAUGCUCUGCUCGCUACGAUCGACAAUAUUUAAAAGAUGUAAACACCUUCAAAUAUCAAUUUAUCGCGAUUUAAGUGAUCGAUCGAUUUGUCGCUGCGACUAGCGAUAUAAAUUAUUGUUUAUCGCGUGUCAAGAAAAAUAUUCGGAAUAUCGCCUCGAUGAAACUUAUCGAGAAUACCUAACGAGUCGAACGAUUUUAUCGUUAAUAGUUCUUGACUAAGUCUUUUGUGAAAUCUUUUUAAGCAUAAAUUAUUGUUGUUUGGUGCGGCAAAAUCGCAUGCUUGAAAAUGAUCGAAAUGUUAGAGAAGGAAUACAUGCUAUGUGUACUUUAUGCGUACGAAUGUAUGCGCGCGCGUAUGUGUGUGAUGUAACAAGACUGUACCCGAUCGUCCCUGUUACUCGUGUUUGUGUCGAACAUUAACCGUUUUCUUUGAUAAAAUUCGAUUCGAAUUUGAUUUUCUUCGUCCGAUCAUUACACCGGUCGGAUAACAAAAAUCGUGUACCUAUCCCAUGCUUUCGUAUCGGAGAAUUAUCGUUCUUGUUUUCGCGGUAGAGAUGGGACGUCGCAGAACGAUUUUGUCGUAACGACCAUUGUUGUUUCCGAGGAAAAGCUUGAUCGAUGACCGCAAGAUUCCUUUUACCGCGAAUCCACUCGUGUCCUUUCUAUUAUAUGUAUUUUCACGCUGCUCGAGAUACUUACACGAUCGAUUGAUGCUCGACGAUUCUUUUUUUUUUAGAGAGAUGCGUUACGCUGUUCUUCGAUGUUCCUAUCUAGAAAAUAUAGGUAUAUGUAUAUAUGUAUAUACACAUGAACACACAUACGUACGUACGUAUGUGCAUGUAGCUAUGUGCAUCAGCUGAUAUUGCGGGAUUUAGCAGAUCAAUUAGUUGCUAAAACGAUUAGAAUUAAAAGGAAGAAAAGAAGAAGGAAGGUAAAAAAGAAACGAUGAUAGGUAAGGAAGCGACAACGAAGCAUUCGAUACCUAGCCUUCGAACAUCACGGUACAGGUCGUAUCGUUCGUCUUAUUUCCUGUCUUCUUCCUGACACGUUGCAUACGGCAAAUUUCUUGACGCAUAUUUCUCUUUCUCUUUCUCUCCUCCUCGAUCUAUCUGAUACGCAAAAACUAAAAACCCUUUCUCGCUAACGAAUUUUAUUUCUUUUCUAUUUGCAUGCAAAGAAAGAAAGAAUAACGAAACGAAACACGGAUACAAGAUUCGCGAAGGAGAAGAGAAAUUGAGAGACGAACAUACAGUAACAAUCCAGCGAGAUCAUUCGACUGACCAAACAUGCCUUUCUGGAGCAUGUUUCCACGCGCAGUGUAAUAAUAGUAUCGAUAUAAUACGAUGCGUAUUCCGAAAGACGCUUCGUUUGUAAAAACGUGAGUACCUAUCAUGAUGGCAGUUUAAUCGUGCGCCGUAAAACGUUUCUGAGAAUCGAUGAAAUACGAUCCGGGUGAAUCAUAUUUUCGGAGACUAACGAAUAAAAUGAAAUAUACCAUGUUCCGCCUUGUUUCGAAACGUUAGGUGUUUUAAUCUUGUCUACUUUGCUGAUGCGAUCUUGCCAAGUUUCUUCCGCCAAGUGAAAAGAGUGACGUGCCCUAUCAACAUUUUUACUACGAUUAACGGAUUCAGUACUACAGCGGGAUACGGUUGUUAAUUACACCUACGUAUAUAUACGUCAGGUGAUCGUACAAGGUACAGUCAUGGCACGUCUUUUUAAGUCUUCGAGCAAUUUUUGUCAACGAAUAUCAAUGGAAUCGUUGGAACGGCUGGUGCGAUCGCACGCUCGCACAACUUACCUAUUACUGUAGAGAAUAAGCAAACAUUCCAAUCAAGAUCAGAGCGCAACCGAAUCGAGAUAUCGAAGAAACCGAGUGGACGAAAAGAAUUCAAACGUGUUCAUCCGAAUGUUAGCAGGUAAUGAAUGGACGUGCCCGCCCAUCGUGCAAGUAAAACGACUUAAUGAAUAAACCAACGACCAAUCUAUGUAAAGCAUAUUGCCGCGAAUAUACGAAACGGAAAGCAUUUUACGAUAAAGCGGCAUGAUAUUUUUAUACGGUAAUCCAGUUAUUCCGAUAAGCAAGGAGUAUAUCAUAUACUAGAUCCAUCAUCGUUUCGUUUCGAAGGAAACACCGAAUAAAUCGUAACGUUGUAUGAAAGCAGAUAGAGAAAAUUUUGUAUUGGUAUUUUUAAUAAAAAAGAAAAAAUAAAACACAAUGCAUGUACAA